AUGUCUUCCAACGUCGGAUUGUCCACACCACGCGGUAGCGGGACGUCGGGAUAUGUGCAGAAGAACAGGUCGCUGGUGAGGCCGCGCGACAAGGCCGCACCCUACACCAAGGAUUGGGAUUCGGCGAAGCACCGCCAACGACAGCCCGACCCCGAGAUUCUAGAGCAUGACCGCAAGCGCGAGAUCGAAGUCAAAGUGCUGGAGCUACGGGACAAGCUCGAAGACGAAGGUGUCGAUGAAGAUGAGAUAGAUGAUCGCUGUGACGGGCUGCGCAAGAAGCUCGAGGAAGAGCGCAAGGCAGGCAAGGACGCGGGUCCGGAUGCGCGCAACCUGAAAGUGCAUCAGGUGCACGACCUGGCCAAGGCCAAGAUAGAGGAGAGCGAAAGGCUGAGAAAAGCAUUGGGUAUCUCCGCGGAUUAUGAAGAGGGAAGCCACUGGAGGAAACAAGAAGAACGCCUUCGAGAGUCACUGGCGCAACGCGAACGCGAAGACGAGGAGCAGCUGCAGAAGGCCAAGGAGGCGCGCCGCUAUCGAGACGACUCUGAGUGA